AUGGCAGACACCGUCAAAGAUUCGGUUGACGCUGUCAAGGAAGGCGUCAAGAACCUAGCUGUUAACAAGAAGCAACAACAAAAGCCCAAGAAGGAGAAAAAGAGCGGGGACGAUGGCGGGGCAUCUGGGCCAUUGGAACUCAGUCCUGAGCCGGACUUCAUAUCCCAUAGGAUCAAGAUAUUCGAAAAGCUGAAGGCUGAAUAUGAGGUCGAACUUGCCGCCAAACCCCGUGAACCGAUUACGAUUACCAUGAAAGAUGGAAGCAUCAAAGAAGGUACUUCGUGGGAGACAACCCCUUCGGAGAUCGCAAAGGCUAUUUCGAAUAGUUUACUCAAGCGCACAGUCGUCGCAAGACUCAAUGGCGACAAUAACCAGCUAUGGGAUCUCGAGCGGCCACUGGAAGAGAGCUGCAGCUUGGAAUUGCUCCCAUUUGAAGACGAGGAGGGCCGGAAGGUUUUCUGGCACUCAAGUGCUCAUAUUCUAGGCGAGGCCACUGAGAGGAGAUUCGGUUGUAAUCUUUGCUUUGGGCCACCGAUCGAUGACGGCUUCUAUUAUGAGAUGGCCCUCCCUGGGGGCGCUGCAGUCCAGCAGUCGGAUUGGAGGCCGAUUGAAACACUAUUCAGCAAAAUCGUGAAGGAGAAACAACAGUUUGAGAGACUUGUCAUAUCGAAGGAGGACUUGUUGGAAAUGUUCAAGGGCAACCCAUACAAGCAACACGUUAUCAAAGAGAAGGUUACAGAACCAAAGACCACGGUUUAUCGAAAUGGACCCUUGAUCGAUCUGUGCAGGGGACCGCAUGUUCCCAAUACGGGCAGGAUUGAAACAUUUGCGAUCAUGAAAAACUCAGCGUCUUACUUUCUCGGUGAUCCAAAGAGAGACUCUCUACAACGCAUCUAUGGUGUCUCAUUCCCAGACAAAAAGUUGAUGGCAGAGCAUAAGAAAUUCCUUGAGGAGGCUGCUAAGCGCGAUCAUCGAAAGAUCGGCAGGGAACAAGAGCUCUUCUUUUUCCAUGAAAUGUCACCAGGUUCAGCGAUGUGGCUGCCCCACGGGGCUCGCAUAUACAACACCAUUCAGACAUUCUUGCGGGAUGAGUACUGGAAGCGAGGAUAUGAAGAAGUUAUCACUCCAAAUAUGUACAAUUCUGAGCUCUGGAAAACAUCUGGGCAUUGGCAGAAUUAUAAGGAUGAUAUGUUUACGUUUGAUGUAGAAAAGGAGCAGUUUGGACUAAAGCCGAUGAACUGCCCAGGGCAUUGCUUGAUGUUCUCUCAUCGCGAGAGAAGUCAUCGCGAGUUGCCAUGGAGAGUUGCUGACUUCGGUGUGUUGCAUCGCAAUGAAGCGUCUGGUGCCCUUACGGGAUUGACGAGAGUCCGAAGAUUCCAGCAGGACGAUGCCCACAUUUUCUGCCGUGAAGAUCAAAUCGUUGAUGAAAUCGAAGGAUUAUUCGAUUUCCUUCGCACCAUGUAUGGCCUCCUCGGCUUCACUUUCAAGAUGAAGCUCUCCACAAGAAACCCUGAGAAGUUCAUGGGUGACCUAGCCGAAUGGGACAGAGCUGAAGCCAGCUUGAAGGCGGCUCUAGAUCGCUUUGCGGAGUCUCCCGGUGGAACGCCAUGGGAGUACAAUCACGGGGAUGCUGCAUUUUAUGGACCAAAGAUUGAUAUCAAGAUUUCUGACUCGAUGAGGCGUGACUGGCAAUGCGCAACGCUUCAGCUCGACUUUCAACUUCCUAAGAACUUUGGUCUUGAAUACAUGACAUCAGAGGGGGCUAUGAAGCCAAAGGACGAAGCAAGCAAGGGAGAGAAUAUUGCAGCGACAGCGGAUACAGCAGAGAAGGAUGUGUCUAAGAAGGAUAAGGCGAAGGCCCUUACGCCAGGUUGUGCCCGACCUGUCAUGAUCCAUCGUGCGAUGGCUGGGAGUAUUGAGCGCUUCGUUGCGGUUCUGAUUGAGCACUUCGGAGGCAAAUGGCCCUUCUGGCUCAGCCCACGGCAGAUUCUGAUCAUCCCGGUCGGCGUUGGCUUCUACGAGUACGCGAAGGAGGUUCAAGAAGCCUUCCACAAACUGAAGUUUUUUGUCGACGUUGAUCUGAGCGGUAACACUCUUCAGAAGAAGAUUCGUACUGGUCAAUUGGCCCAGUAUAACUUUAUAUUCGUUGUUGGUGAUCAAGAAAUGAAGAAUAGGGAGGUCAACAUCAGAAACCGCGAUGACACUUCGAGCCAAGACCGGGGCAAGCCAGUUUCUCUCCAGGAAGCAAAGGAGAAGCUGAUUGCACUAAGGGACGAGAAGGGCACAGCAAACCCAUUCGCAGCCAACGAUACUAAGGUGGCUGAGGUUUCAAAGGCCUAA